AUGAAUCUCGUGUGUCAGCAAUGCAAGCAACCAUUGCAACUAGACGCCUCGCUAGUUGACCUCGCUCCAUCAGCAUAUGACAUUGUUGCUUCGUCCCUGCCACCAGCAACCACAUCGUCUCCUAUAAGACAAGCUUCUGGAGCGGAGAAACUUGCGCAACUCCCAUCGCCAUCCUCGGCCAAAGCAGCAUGGAGAAAUUCCGUCCAAGGGUCAACUUCUUCUGCCUUGUCGUCACCCACGACGCAGCGGAAGCAGACACAACGUGGGCCAUCACACCCCAAUGAGUCAUUUGUGCUACUGCAGGACAGCGUUAUCCGCACUAUCCCCACCAAUCUCCCUCUAACUCCGCACGCGAAGAAGUCGUCAGUCUCCAAGUCGCGAAGCACGACCGUAGCGGUGCCGCCCGCCCCUGCACCCGAGGAGCCUUCCCCCCAUCCAAACCCCUCGCCCCUCUCACACCAUCUGCGCUCUUCAUUGCGUCUAUUUAAUCUUCUAUCGAGCCGCACGGACCUCGACCACCCCCUUUGCGCCGAGUGCACGCAUAUACUCCUUGGGACGCUCACGCGACAGCUCGAAGAGACGAAGAAGGAGCGAGACGGGUACAUCGCGUUCGAAAAAGAGGUUCGGAAGGAGAAGGAGCGUGAAAGCGCAGCAGGGACUGGAAAGGCCGAGGUCGAGGGCAAGAUCGAGCGGCUGAAGGAUGAAGAGCGACUGGCGAUCGAGCAGCUAAAGGCUGCGGAACGAGAGCGACAGCAGCUGGAAGAGGAACUCAAGAACCUCGAGCAUGAGGAGACCGCACUCGAAGAGGAGGAGGCGGAGUUCUGGCGCCAGCACAAUGCGCACUUGCUGAAGUCUGCGGAGCAGGCGUCGCAGCUGGCGGCGCUACGUGCGGCCUAUGCUGCAGAUUCCGCUGUGCUCGACAAGCUCGAACGAACGAACGUGUACAACGACGCCUUCUGCAUAGGACACGACGGCGUCUUUGGCACCAUCAAUGGUCUGCGACUCGGGCGCGUCCCAGGAGUACCGGUUGAAUGGGCUGAAAUCAAUGCGGCUUGGGGCCAGACGCUGUUGCUGCUAUAUACAAUCGCGCGCAAACUCGACUUCACCUUCGAGAACUACCGGCUUGUUCCCAUGGGCUCGUUCUCCCGGAUAGAGAAGACCACCGGUGACAAAGCAACGUACGAGUUGUACGGCUCGGGCGAUCUGCACUUCGGACGACUCCUUCACAACCGCCGUUUCGACUUCGCGAUGGUGGCGUUCCUUGAUUGCCUCAAGCAGCUCAUGGACUAUGUGAAGUCCCAGGACCCUCAAGUCGAUUUUCCACACCAAAUUGUGAAGGACAAGAUUGGCGAAGCGUCUGUGAAGCAGCAAUUCAGCCAGGAGGAAGCGUGGACACGCGCCCUGCGGCACGUCCUUCUAGCCCUGAAGAUUCUACUCAAGUGGACGACGAACGGCAGUAACGGCUGAC